UAGGUUCUCUUUAUCGUGUCGUUACUGCGCAUACGCACUAGAUGACAGUGUCAGUUGUUCCGAUUGUUUAUGAUGAAAAUAAGCCCGAAGAAGAAGACGGAGCACUUCCGGUUACAAUAAUAACACAUGGGCUGUAUUCUCUGCAGAGUUUCUCAGCCAUAGAGUGCCGUUAUGACGAGGUGGGCAAGAGCCAACAACAUCCAUAAACACAAACCAUCAGAGGCAACGCCAUGGAGUCAGCUGAGAGGAGGAGGAAGAGGAGGUGGAGGAGGUCACGCAGGCAGGUCAACUGACUCUGCUGGUGAACGGCCUCAGAAAGGACACCUGAGAAAAACUCAGCCCAGUGGCUCAUCUGUGAAAAAACCCAAUCGUAAGAAGAAAGACUAUGUGAGUGAAGAUGUGAACGGCUUCCUGGAGUAUCUGCAGCAGACAGGACAACAGCUGCCUAGAGGUGAUGCAUCGGAAGGAGACAAGGAGAUGAGGGAGGAGAUUGGAAUUGCCCUGAAGAAAGACAAACGCAGAGAGGACAGAAGGGUAAAGAGGCAGAAAGACAAGAAGAACAAGAUGCUGUGUUUUAACUGCAGGAAGCCUGGUCAUGGUUUGGCCGACUGUCCUGAGGCAGACAGAGAUGAGGAGAUGGGCCGAGGCAUCUGUUACCGCUGUGGCUCCACUGAACACGAAAUCCACAAAUGUAAAGCGAAAGUGGACCCGGCGCUAGGUGAUUACCCAUAUGCGAAGUGCUUCAUCUGUGAACAGACUGGCCACUUGUCACGGUCCUGCCCAGAUAAUCCUAAGGGCCUCUAUGCACAAGGUGGUUGCUGUCGUGUUUGUGGCUCAGUGGAACAUUUUCAGAAGGACUGUCCAGGACACCAGGCUGCAACUAACACUGUGACACUUGGAUGGUUGUCCAACAACAUGAGUGCGGACCACGAGGAAAUGCACGUUCCAGUGAAGAAAGUCAAACCCAAACAGACGAGGGUGGUGACCUUCUGAUUUACUCAAGGUUUCAUAGGGGGUAAACUCCUCAACAACCUCAAAUGAAAGUAAUCUAUUUAUCUCUGACCAGCACACUUUGAACUGGGAUGAAUUGAUAACUAACUCACAUGCAGUCAAGUGGUUGCCUUUGUAUACAAUGUACCUUUAAUAAAGCAUCUUUCUUUAUAUUCAUA